AAUCACUUUAGUUAUAUUAUGCGGGUAUAAGAUUGUCAUGUUGGGUGUGUAUCUACAAAAGUUUAAUCGUACUUCACGGGUACACUAUACACUAUCGAAAUUUAAAGAUUUUAACAAAAACCGCUGGAGAUGAUUUAAAGAAAACGCAAAGGCUCGGGAUACUUACUUUUAUAUAAUUUUUUUUUUUCAUUUUGGUAUUAUGUUUGUUGUUAACUUUUGCAGUAAUUAUUUUUAAACUUUACAAACAUGGAUAUAUAUAUAGAAAGAGAUGCUUUUUGUUUGAAAUUGGAGAGGAGUUUUUUUAAUUAAAAAGUAAUAGAAUAGUAAACAUUCUAUUUCUUAUUGAAAUACGUGUAACAUCAGGCAAAAUCGUCGAAAAGUGGAUUAUUGAAUUUUGUUUGACACAGUAUUGAAAGCGGUUAAAAGUGAACAUCUCGAGAGCAUCUUCAUUAUGAAGUGAAAACAAAAACAAUAAUGAUCAACACAAGAAAAUCCGACUUCAAGUUGGUGAUAAUAGGCGAUUGCUAUAUUGGAAAGACGACGCUUCUAAGAAAAUAUAUUGGCAAAAUGGACCUUGGAAAAUCGCCUUUUGAGAUACAUGAAAUAGACAGACACGGAGAGAAAAUAUUUCUCGAAAUUCACGACACAAACGGCCAAGAACGAUAUCGUAGUCUGACAUAUUCCUUCUACAGAGGUACACACGGAUGCCUUGUUUGUUUCGAUCUUAUGAAAACAGCUUCAUUUGAUGGACUGAAAAACUGGAUGGAUGAUGUAAAGGAAUGCGUAGGCGAACAUAUUCCAAAAGUUCUAGUAGGAAUACAUCGAGGCAACAGAGAUGAUUUGACAAGUUCUACAAAAGUUUCAAAACGAAACAUAGAUCUGUUUUGUGAACUGCAUGACCUACAUUACCCUUUUAAGUUUUAUUUUUAA